UUGCAUCUUACUGUUACUGUUACUGUUACUGUUACUAUUACAGUUGUAACUGCAUAUAUUGACAAUUCUUUAAUUAACCCAAUGACAUAUUAAUUAUGUAUGGGUCGAUGAACUUCUCUUACCCUUUUGGGAAGAAGCGCUAAUAUGCACACCGACUCUUUUUCGAGAGCGAUGAUGAAGUAAAGAAAAAUUUAUGAGUAUCAGUAGAUAGUAGCAUGUGGGUAGAAAUUAGUAGUUUUACAGUAUAACUCAGCAUAACAUAACAUAUUAUAUAAUUUUAAAGUAUGGGUGUGGCGUCUGAAAUAAAGGGCUUCUAUGUAUUACCAUUAGAGUUUCCUGAAUCUAAGACAUUUCAUUAUAUAUAUUUUAAGAAGCAUGAAACUAAAAGUUCAGAAUCUACCAAUUCUAAUCAGAAUACUUCAUUAUUUGUAUAUAACUUACCCAUAAAUACUAGUAUAACUUCAUUAAAGAAGUUUUUCCAAGAUGUGUCUAUUGGAGCCACUAUCUCAUCAUUUAUACCUAGUAAAUUAACAGAUUAUCCUGAAGAUGUAUGGCUUGAUUUAACAUCAUUAACAUCUGAUUUAGAAUUAAAUAAUUCUAAUAGUGAAGAAUCUGAAUCUCAAAAGCUUCCAAAAAAUUGUGGUAUUAUUAAAUUUAUUGAUAAAUCUUCAUUCCAACUUGCAUUUAAUUCUCUUAAGAAAUUAUCAGCCCAAUCAAAACCUACAAAGUGGGCUUUUGAAACUAUAGAUUCCACAUAUUAUUUGAAAAAGUAUCAAAAUCAAAUCCUCAAUAGUGAAGAAAUAUCAACUCAAGUUAGUCAAGCAUUAAUAGAUUUUGAUAAAGCUGAACAAGAUUCUAUUAAUCAAAUUCAUUCUAAUUUAGUCGAUGAAGAUGGUUUUACUAUGGUGGUUGGAUCUCAUAGAAAAACUAAAGCAGGUAUAUUAGGUAAACAAAGAUUAGCAGCCACUGUUGAAUUAAAUAAGGCUCAAGGAAAACUUAAGAAAAAAGAACGAGAAGAUUUUUAUAGAUUCCAAUUAAGAGAACGUAAAAAGGAAGAAAUGAAUCAAUUAUUACUUAAAUUUAAAGAAGAUCAAGAAAAGGUCAGACUUAUGAGAGAAAAGAAAAGAUUUAGACCUUAUUAGAUGGUACUAGUAUGAGACUGGAGGAGGUGUGGGCAAACUGUGUAUAUGUAACAAUAACCAUAAUAUAGAAUAUAGAGUCAUAUAGCAUUGAUAAGUGUAUAGUUAAAUUAUUAUUUACUAAACCGAGCACAUCGGAAAAUUAAUCCGAGACCUCUUUAGAUAUACGAAACUAAUACACAUUAUCGUUACCAAAGGAAGUAAAACUAAAACUAAAACUAAAACUAAAAGUCAUUCGCCACGAUGGCAAAGAAUUAUAAAUUUAUAAUAGAAGGAACUUCUUC